AUGUCUCACGACUUUGUCGACGCGGAGUCGCGGAAUCGCCUUCCGACCCUUUUUGAGGUUCUCAGUCGUCGAACCCUCGCCCCUGUCGACCUCUUUUCGUUCUAUAUUUACAUGCGGGACCAGCAGCGUUCCGUGGACUAUCUGGAUUUCUGGCUCGAUGUUUCCCAACACAUGCUACUAUGCCGACACUAUGUCCGAGAACUUCGCCGUUCAGUCCUGGUCGCAACCCCCGACAUAGAACGAGCCGACAGCAAACAAUCAUCCGCAAUGCUAGACAACCUGGAGAACCUGGGUGACAUCCCGCUGACGGAGGCUGGGCCUUCCCGUUUGCGCCACGGGUUCAACGGAGACGAGAAGGAGAGAGACGCCGACCAACGUUUGUCUGCAUUCCUUCGCUCCGAAGGCAACACUUCGCACUCGGCACAGGAUAGCGCCAAGCUCAGUCACCCGCAACGACGACGAAAAUUCCCUGGCCACACGGUGGACCGUAAUGAUAUUCGAGCCAGCGCUGAGAAGAUUUUGUACACAUACCUGCUUCCCGGUUCCGAGCGAGAGAUCAUGCUGCCAGAAACGAUGGUCUCGACAAUUAUCAACCUGAUUGAAGAUGAUGGCCGUGAUGACCCUGAGGUUUUCGACCCCGCUAAGGACUAUGUUUUCCAGGCUAUGGAGCGUGAUGCAUUCCCAGGCUUCUUGCAGGCAAAGGCUCUCGGGAACCUCGUUCCCUUGAGUAUGAUCUUGCGCCUCGCUUUUGCUUUGAUCAGUUUCGGUGGAGGUUUCUGGGGUGCUUUCUACGUUGUCCUACGGAACAAGCCCCGCAACAUUCGCUGCUGGAUCAUUCUUCCAUUUGCAGUCGCAGCAUACUUCAUCGUUUCAUAUCAGUACAAGAUUGACCCCGUCAUGGCGUUCUUGGGCUACAGUGAAUACACAUUUAUGAACUGGGCCCCGAUUCGUGAGCCUUACGUUCGAAAGCUCCUGAACAAACGCGCCCUCGUCACCGCAUUCAUCGCCUUCCUGACAGCUGCGGCCUUGAGUAUUCUGUUUAUUUUCGUUCCCGGCACCAUGCUGUGA